AUGACUGGAAGAAGCAGGGAGAUAGCAGAGACCAUGAAGCAGAGAAAAGUGAAAAUACUCUGUGUGCAAGAAGUAAGGUGGAAGGGCGGCGGAGUAAGGGAGAUUGGAGAAGGUUAUAAGCUGUACUACUCCGGAAGCAGACCGGGAGGAAACGGCGUAGGUAUCAUCCUCGAUGAAGAGCUCAAGCAAAGGGUGGUGGAAGUCCAAAGGCCCUCAGACAGGUUGAUGUCAAUUAAGGUGCUAGCAGGAAAGAGUCUAAUCAACAUCGUGAGUAGUUACGCUCCACAGAUUGGCUGUGAAGAUCAAGAGAAGGAAGAGUUCAGAGAACAACUUGAACAAAGUGUUAGAGAGAUCCCUAAGGAAGAAGAAAUCAUCCUAGGAGCUGAUCUGAACUGUCAUGUAGGAGAAACAGCAGUAGGUUAUGAAGCAUGUCAUGGCGGUUUUGGAUUGGCCUGA